AUGGGCCUUACGUGCGUUCUCGUUUCAGGAAUCAGACCUUCAAGGAGCAUUUUUUCGAGUUUAGUUGUAGAGACUUCGAAUAAGCAGCUCCAAAUGAAUGCCAUGAUGUAGGAAAGCACAACGAUGGGUAUAGCUCGGUAGACGUACGAUUGCCAAAUGGAAACGUAGUGAGUCGGUCGAUCAUCGAGGUUGAACACAUACUGAAUGAUAAAGAAGUGAACAAUGUAAGCGCAAUAGGACAGCCGACCGAGGGGUUGCCAUAAUGGAUGAUCCAUGAAUCUCGCGAUUGGACCUCCAAUUAUCAGCACCCAUGAUGUAUUCAUGCGGUCCAUAUACUGUUAGUAAGGCGACAACUGUAGCAAUCAUCCAUGCAGCAGUCACCAGCACCCAAGAAAUUUUCGGUUUCCUGCCUUUGAGCUUGGCUAGAAGGUAGCCGACACCUAUUCCAAUGAGAUAAGGAGGGCAGCGAGUCCAUGGUUUUUGGUAGAAUAUGUCAAAAAACUCGGCAACUCUCGGUAGUGCGAAUGCUCCCACAAUCAAGGCUGGGAGAUCGUGCUGAUAGGUAAUGACGUAGGUGUAUGCUACGCUUCCAGAGCAGCACAGCACUAGCACCAAGAUUCGUUUCGCAUUCCAAAGAAGUUAUUAAUGUACAGCAUAUUUUGCCACCAGUAUUUCUGACAAGCCUGAGCGGCGUUAGCGUCGAGGCUGUUGCGUGGCUUAGCCGCCAUCCACGGUCCUUUCAGAAAUGGAGACAUUACAGUGUAAAAUCCGAUGAACAUCAUUAUAGGAGGUGUAAGCCUCAAAUAGCGAUGAACAUAGAACAUAAUCCAAGUGAGUGGAUUUUUCACAACUUUUGAAGGAGGCCUGACUUUGAAGAACAAGUAAGCCACGAGAAUGCCAGAAAGUAGAAAAAAUGUAUCGACGGAUAAGAACGCAUUGGUGAAGGUAGUAGCAAGAAGUGGAUUCCACAGAGAAAGCACCGGCAGUAAAGCGUCGCUAGAGACAUAUGGUAAUAGACUAUGCCCUGCAGCAACCCAUGUCAUUGAGAUAAACCGAAUCGAAGCCAACGAACGAAUAGUCCCUUCUUUUGGUUCACGUGUAUCCAGAAGGGAAUUUGCAUUGGCGUAAAAAGAAAAUGUCAAAAGGAGGCGAAUCGCUGUUGUUUUUCUGAUAUUCUCAGAUUGAUAGUGUGCAUCCAAAAAGUAGUCAAUGAUGCUCGCGAGAAUAGCCCACGACACGAAGAACGCCAUGAAAAUCAUAAAAAUCCAGAAAGCUGUCGUCGGUUGAACAUUUGUUGGGACACAACUGGCAGAACGAAAUUUUAUUGGUAGUGUCUCCUCGUUUAUGAUAGUUUUUAGGAGCAAAGGAAUGUCCUCUUCAUUGCAACUCUUUGGCAUGCAGACCGCUACGCUCACUCCCAACUGCCCAAGAAGCUUGUUAGUAAGAUUUUUAACGGUGAUACCAGCGUAACAGUAAUGAGGCUCAUACGGUGCAAUCAAAUCCCUGCAUUCGGCAUAGGAGCCUGAGCUGAUUGUUGUGAUCUCCAUAAUGCCGGCUGGGAGCUUACCGAACGAAUCCAGCUGUUUCACUGCAAACAUAUUAUCAUCGAGAAUCUUUUUCUGUUCAUCGUUGCAUCCUUUUUGUUCAACACAAGACUUCACUGUUGUGGCAAUUCUCGCAAUGCUGGCACCAAAAAUGGCCAUGUCCGCCACACAGUGUGGUGUCACAUUGGAUAACGACAGUAGGUUGAAGUCGUUGAAUUCGGACAGAUACUGUAAUCGUAGAUAUUCUUAUGAUUACUUUAUUACAUAG